CUCAUCAGAAAAAGACUAAAUUACAUUCACUUGGUGAACAUUGUAAUAUAAAACAAAAAAAAAAUUUUUUUUUCUUGGUGUUUGCUUCUCAAUAACGUUGUAAGUCGCCUCUUUUUGGCUCGAUGACAAAUCAUUAUAGAUAUUACUUUGAAUCUAUUACUAUCUGAAUUAGAUGUAUGCUAGCUGAAUUGCAAUGGCUCUAUAAAGCACUGCGUUUAUUUUUUUUUUUUGAAGCACAAGUGUGUCCGAUAUUUUUUUUAUUGCCAGACACCUCCCCUAUUACAUAAGAUGGCAUUCUCUUUUCUGGUUUUGUCAACAUUAUGGCUGAUAAACAAAUUUCUAUUCUAAAGAAAAGCGCUAGUGUUUCUCAAACCCUGAUCAAGAGGUUUCUAGAAGGCGAGGCCGAUGAAGAGGCUAUCAAGAGACUGUAUGAUAUUGUCAGAGAAAAAAAAAGAGAAGAGUUUGGAGAUGCCUUAUUCGUUGAUUCCGAUGACAUUACUUCUUUCAACCAAGGCAGAUCAACAAACUCUCAUGAUACUAUUGAUCUGCAACAAACAGUGGACACGAUCAACUUGGCCGUCUUUACAUAUCUCCUCAGCACUUUUAACGAAAUCAAGACUUGUAUCAAUGCAUUUUUUUGUUUUGUAGAGCCUUUUGUGAAAAAACAUACAACUGAAUCAUUAGAGCUUUAUCAUUUGUUGCGUUGUAACGUCUUUUACCAAAGAUUAGACAGUCUUGUUGAGUCUGGAGACACUUUUGAUUACAACCAGGUUGUGGAAGAAUCCUUUCCCGACAAUCCCACCAAAUACUACCUUAUCCCAGAUCAUUCUGAUAAUAAGCGUAUUAUGGCCGAGCUUCGUUCAAACAGAGAACAAAUAUUGAAGGAAAACACUGACAGUAUACUUGAAAGCGACUAUGGAAAUCCUGACGUCUUGCAACAAAAGCUCUAUACUUAUGUAAACGCACGCUGGCAAGACAUUAAAGCAACUCAACAAAACCUAAAUAAAAAACCAGAAUCAGAAUCAGAAUCAGAAAUGGAAGAAGAGCAAGUAGAAGAGCCUAUUGUAUUAGAUGAAGACUUAGAGGAUCAACGGAUUAGAAACGAUUCAAUCAAUUCUGUUGUGGCUGAUAUGCGUAAACAAUCAAUUGCCUCUUUAUCGCCUGAACCCUAUGUACCAUCUCCAUCACCUGAAGCAUAUGCACCGUCUCAAUCGUCUCAAUUGCCUGAAUUGCCUCACUCUUCCCAAACUUCUGAGGUUCCUAAAGCACAACCUCAUGAGGAGCAUCAAUCUUCACCCAUUCCUCAAGCACAAGAAGAGCCACCAGUUCCUCAAGCACAAGAAGAGCCACCAGUUCCUCAAGCACAAGAAGAGCCACCAGUUCCUCAAGCACAAGAAGAGCCACCAGUUCCUCAAGCACAACAAAGACGUCGUCAAUUGCCUCAAGUCAUUCGUCGCCGACGUAGUAGUACUGAAUUUGAUCAAACCAAUUUACCACCAGACAUGUAUAUACCAGACUCGGGAGGUCCUCCAAGAAAAUUUCCUAAAGUCAGAAAAAAGUCUGAACCAUGGACAGAUGAAGAAACAAAAGAACUUGAGCAAGGUUUGAUAAGAUUGAAGGCUAAACUUUGGGUCCAAAUCAGAAAAAAAAGUCAACUAUUGCAGCAUCGAGAAUUGACUGCCUUGAAAGAUAAAGCUAGAAAUGAAAUCAAAAGACGUAAAAGGCUUGGGAUUGAUCUUGGUGGUUUUGUUUAUGCAGAAGCAGACUAAAAUAAAGUAGUACAAAAGUGCAUAUAAAUUUAUGCCAGCUUUUUCUUU